AGCGUUGAACGUCGGGACGCUUUGGAUCCUGUCAGCUGAUACCAAGAUGCGAUUAAGUUUUCAUCGUGAGCCUUGAUGGUGGUAUUUUGUUUGUUGUAAUAUAUAACAACCGUAAGAUCCUAAAGUUUCUUCUGAAUUAUACUUUUAUCCUUGGUGUAUCCUGUAUAAAAAAAAAAAAACGUUUUUAUAAAGUUAUUAGAGUUGGAUCGAUAAGGAUUUUGUACAAGCUUGAACGAUAUAUAUAUAUAUAUAUAUAUAUAUAAAACAAGAAAACUAAAAUGUCGUUAAGCGCAGAUAUAUCCACGGCCCUUCACUUGCUCGAGCAUGUUCAAGAACGUGUAGAAGAUUGUGACGAUCCAAAAUUACAAAUGCAUACCACCCAAGAUCUCAAAUCAUUAAUUUCCUUAUUGGAAGAUCCCGUAUUUCGAAGUAUAGUCACCAUACAGGAUUCUUUGCUUGAAUUGAAUAGUCAAUUAGGACAACAUCCAUCCAUUCUUCCUGGAGAUUUUGAUAUUAAUAUCAGCGGGCAAUUAGAGCUUUCUGUUCCAAAUACUCCUGUGCAACCUUUAGGACCAAUUGCUUAUCAAGAUUUAUAUCCGGAUAGUAGCGAAUUGGAUGAUCAAAGAGUACCAAUUGCUCCAUUGUUACAUAGCAGCAGCGAAGACACCAGCGCACAGGUUACAAGUCCUAGUCUGGUUUCAGAAGUUAUGGGAAUGCCACCUAUAACGACCCCAACCUACGCCAAAGAGUUCAAAAAGGUGAUAGAGGCUGCAGCAAGAGGGCGUCAGAUAUGUACAGUGCAGCUAUACAAACCAGAAGGUACUAGUUUAGGAUUCAGUGUCGUUGGUCUCCGCAGUAAAGACAAAGGCGAGCUUGGUAUAUUUUUACAAGAAAUUCAACCGAACGGCAUUGCAGGCUGGUGAGUUAAAAGCAUUUUA